CCGGCCGCCCCCUCACGCCGCCGCUCAGCUGAGGAGACAAUGGGCGAUCAAAGGAGGGGAGGGGGGAGGAGGAAGAGGAUGGCGCUAGACGAGGCGAGAGCCCGGCCGGGUGGCGCUUUCUCUGCGCUCGAUUAGUGAUCCUAGAGAGGGAGAGUCAGCCAGGCGCCGAAGCCAAGCGCUGGAAGGGACACCGAGUGGUGGUGGUGGCGGCGGCGGCGGCGGGUACAGGGAGUCCUUGCCGCUGCAGCUGCUACCUCCUCCUCCUCCUCUUCCUCCUCCCUCUCCCCGCUCUCCCGCGCCUCGCGAGCAAAGUGUGUGCGAGAGAGUGUGAGUGUUGAGUGUGAGUGAGCGAGCCCCGUUGCGCAGCUUGGUUUGCGCACAAGCACCACCAGCAGUGGAGGAGGAGGGCGGCAGAGGCACUACCACCACCACCACUACCACUACCACCACCACCACCAGCGCCCGGGCAUUUGAGGAGAGGAGCGCUGUGGAGCGAGGCAGAAUACACGCAUAUCUGAGGAAGGCGGGCGGGGAGGGGAAGGAGGGAGGAAAAGCGAAGCGGCGGCAGCGGCAGAGGCCACACCAAGACACCCAAGUGAGACAAAAGUAGCUCCAAACCAGCACCCAACUCCACCUUGGGAAGCUGGCGGCAACCGGGCGCCUCAGCAUGGCUUCCGAGGAACUCUACGAGGUAGAGAGAAUUGUUGAUAAAAGAAAAAACAAGAAAGGAAAAACGGAAUACUUAGUACGAUGGAAAGGCUAUGAGAGUGAAGAUGACACAUGGGAACCUGAACAGCACCUCGUGAAUUGUGAAGAAUAUAUACAUGAAUUUAAUAGACAUCACAAUGAAAAACAAAAAGAAAGCACAUUAACAAGGACAAACAGGACAUCUCCAAAUAAUGCAAGAAAACAAAUUUCUCGAUCUACUAAUAGUUCUUUUUCAAAAACGUCUAAAUCCUUAGUUCUUGGAAAAGACCAUGAAUCAAAAAAUCAACUGUUUGCUGCUCAGAAGUUUCGGAAAAACAACACUCCUCUCUCUGGUAGAAAAAACAUGGACCUUUCAAAAUCAGGUAUCAAAAUUCUUGUGCCCAAAAGUCCUAUCAAGAGUCGGACAGCAGUAGAUGGCUUUCAGAAUGAAAGUCCUGAUAAGCUGGAUCGCAUUGAGCAGGAUCAUGAAGAUUCUGUAGCCCCAGAGGUGGCAGCAGAAAAACCAGUUGGAGCUUUAUUAGGUCCUGGAGAAGAACGUGCUAGAAUGGGGAGCAGGCCAAGAAUACAUUCAUUAGUGCCACAAUUGCCAGUGCCAGUAACAGCUACCAUUGCAUCUGCGUUAACAAUAAAUGGAAAAGGAACAUCUACCUUUAUAGAAGCCUUGGCAACCAAUGGUACCAAUAUUCAGACAUCAGUAACAGGAGUAGCAGCCAACAAACGAAGAUUUAUUGAUGAAAGGAGAGAUCAGCCUUUUGAUAAAAGGCUACGAUUCAGUGUGCGGCAAACUGAAAGUGCUUACCGUUACAGAGACAUUGUUGUCAGGAAACAAGAUGGAUUCACGCAUAUUUUAUUAUCCACCAAAUCAUCAGAGAACAAUUCAUUAAAUCCAGAGGUGAUGAAAGAAGUCCAGAGUGCAUUGAACACAGCAGCUGUUGAUGACAGUAAACUUGUACUUCUUAGUGCAGUUGGCAGUGUUUUCUGUUGUGGCCUUGAUUUCAUUUAUUUUAUUCGACGUUUGACAGAUGAUAGAAAAAGGGAAAGCACUAAGAUGGCAGAUGCAAUUAGGAAUUUUGUAAAUACUUUUAUUCAGUUUAAAAAGCCCAUAAUUGUUGCAGUAAAUGGCCCAGCUAUUGGACUCGGAGCAUCUAUAUUACCUCUAUGUGACGUAGUGUGGGCUAAUGAGAAGGCUUGGUUUCAGACUCCGUAUACAACAUUUGGGCAGAGCCCUGAUGGAUGCUCAUCUCUCACAUUCCCAAGAAUAAUGGGUCUGGCAUCUGCAAAUGAAAUGUUAUUUAGUGGAAGGAAGUUAACAGCACAAGAAGCUUGUUCGAAAGGACUGGUGUCUCAAGUAUUUUGGCCAGGAACAUUCACACAGGAAGUUAUGGUUCGAAUUAAGGAACUUGUCACAUGUAAUUCAGUUGUACUUGAAGAAUCCAAAGGUUUAGUUCGUAGUAUUAUGAAGGUGGACUUGGAACAAGCCAAUGAUAAGGAGUGUGAAGUUUUAAAGAAAAUUUGGGGUUCUGCUCAAGGGAUGGACUCAAUGUUAAAAUACUUACAGAAGAAGAUUGAUGAAUUUUGAAGAGAUGUGCAUUGACACUGGAUUGUAUUUACUUGGACAUCUGGAUUUUUCAUCAAUACCCUAACUGAAAUUAAAAUAAAACAUACCUAAGGCUCAGAAAAUGUGGGCUAAAAGGUAGAGGAACAUGG